AUGGCGUCGCACGACGCUAGGUUCCUCACACUCUACGCCCUUUCCGCUCUUCUUCUCUCCGCCACUGUGCUACAAGUUUCCGCGGGGCCGUGCACAGUGGCCAAUCCGGUUCCCGAAAUCAACAUUGCAGCAGAGGCUGAUUUUGUCAAGCGAACCCAAUACCCAGCCACGCAGCUAGUGCGCAUGUUCCUGACCAAGGACCUGAAGCUGAAGAAUCCGUUGGUGCUGGACGGCAAGUUCAACUGCACCGUGCUGCGCUCCAAAGGCACCAAGAAAUUCACGCUCUCCGCCACCGAUAACAAUUACCCUCCCAUGCGAAUUGUCUUCGCUAGCAACAUCCUCGUUAACGGCAUCAACGUGAGAGGUUUCGCACCUCUGGCUUCCAACCCCGACUGCCAGUACCUCGAAACGCGCUACCUCGAUUUCAUCGGCAAGUGGAAAUGCCCCGCGAUCUGGCUAUAUCGCGUAUGGGCGGUCCAGGUCACGCAGGGGCGAACGUUCGGCCGGAUCGAAGUCUCCCGCGCGGCGCACACGCGCAUCGACUCCAUGACUGUUAACGUCCACCCUUUGGAAUACCCGGGCGCGAUCGUCGUGAUGCUGUCCGGCGACGGGCCAAACCUAAUCCGCAGCAACGUGCUUAUAACGAAUAACAACAUGAUCGCGCAGGGGCCGCCCGGGAAAGGCGCGGAGAUCGGGCUGAUGCUGUACCGAAACGCGGUGGGCGUGAACGUGUUUAACAACCGCAUGUCGGAGUUUUCGCUCGCGAGCCUGCAGAUCGGGUUCGGGCAGUCGAACGUGGGCGACGCGAUGCUGAGUAACGUGAUGCGCAACAACAUGGUUCACACGUUCUCGACGCUCGGCGACGCGGCGGGGAUUUAUGUGGACACGCACUGGGUGAACCCCGGGAAUAUCCUGAGGUGUAACUACGUGCGCAAGGGCGAGCACUGCCUGUACCUAGAUUGGGUGUCGACUGGAGUGAUCGUGGAUGGGCUCGUGUGCGAUCGGACGGCUGACGGGCUCAAGCUGAACACUGGGAAAUACAACCACAUUCAGGGCAUGGUGGUGAUUGAUGGAUCAGCGUUCUCAGCGGGGUACAUCUCGUGUCAGAACUACAACGUGAACAACUGUAACCAACCCAACGGGAAGAAGUGGAACGACGAGCUGGUUAAGAACUACCAGACCCCGGGGAUCAAGAAGGUGAGAGGCCUGCGGAUGGGGAUUGAGAAGUUCUUCCCCUAUCUCACUAAUUUCUGCGCCAAGAAAGCUCUUUACAACAUCAACUGCAACGCCGGGAGCCAGUACAGUGCUGCUGUCACUGGUGGCUGCUCAGGCCUUCCAACGGAGAAUUACGCGGAAAUCGUCACGGCGAUGACUGAUAACUCAACCAAGUGGGUGUUUUAUCAGGACAACUGCAAGCCGUUUCCGUCAGUCCCGAAGCUGAACACGCUGCGGUAUUUCUCGACUUCGCUUUCGCAAGCGGGGUUCAAAAACGUCAAAGCGAUGGAUUUCGCACUGACCCCGAAGUCGCCGAUCAAAAAGGCGUUUCCGCAGUUUCGAAGCUGCCCGACGAAGAAGGGCGGGCCGAAAAAGGUGGAUUUCCAGACGUACAUGAAUCUAUUCAACAUUGACAGGCCCGCGGACAAACCAAUUACAAGCAUCCUCACGUACACGUUCAAGCCGGGCAAGUCGAACACGAAUCCUGCUUCCCUCGCCAGCGUCGCGAGUGCUACUGAUGGGACCCUUGGGAACGCCGCGGUGAUGGCGACUGCGGUGGAUGACGAUGAAAGCAGCAGAUUGAUUGUUGUCCAGUCCACCGAGAACGCCGAAGAGCCGGUUGUGCGAAAUGCGGCGAUGGGUAGAAGCCAUUGGACACCGGAGCUCGCGAGGGAAAUGAGCCCGGCUUACAUGAGGGCGCUGGCGAACCAUCGACGAACCCGAGGGAGGGUGCCCCCACGCGUUGGAAUCAGGGUGUUGCCCAAAGCUGCUUAG